UAACGAUACUCCGGUCGCAUAAACUCAAAACUUGGAGAGAAAAAUUGGUUGGAUAACCCGGUCAAGUCGACUCAGUUCCUCCCAACCACAACUCAGUAGCCACAAGAAUGGCUUCUCUUCACGCCAUUUCACCUCAUAGUCUCCUUCCUCUAUCAAAAUCCAAAAAACCCACAUCAAAAAUCCUGCCAAGUUCUCAUUUUCUCGGCUCGAAAUUCACUCAGAGUUUAAUUUUCUCAAGAAACAAACAACAAAGAGGUGAAAGCAGCUGGCUUUUGAACUCUGUUGUUCAAGAAGAGCUUGAUGUUAUCCCAGUACAGAGUGAAGACAGUGUAGACCAGCAAGAAGGGAUGGUUAUGAGUCAAGUAGAGAGUGAAGGGAGUGAUCAGUUGGCUACUCAGGUUAGUGGAUUUGGAUCAAGCGAAGGACAAUUGUCUUUUGAAGGGUUCUCUUCUGCUUCUUCUAGUUCCGGUAUUGGUGAUGAUGAAGAAAGAAGACAGAGAGAAUUAGAAAUGGAUAGAUUAGCUGAUAGAACCCUAAAUGCUAUGAUUGUUCUUGCUGCUGGUUCUUUUGCCAUCACCAAGUUGCUUACGAUUGAUCAGGAUUACUGGCAUGGAUGGACCCUGUUUGAAAUACUGAGAUAUGCACCUCAACAUAACUGGAGUGCUUAUGAGGAAGCUCUUAAGACAAACCCAGUUCUAGCAAAAAUGAUGAUCAGUGGGGUGGUCUAUUCUAUAGGGGAUUGGAUUGCACAGUGCUAUGAAGGUAAACCACUCUUUGAAUUUGACCGAACACGAAUGUUUAGAUCAGGCCUCGUUGGCUUUAUGUUACAUGGCUCCCUUUCACAUUAUUAUUACCAGUUGUGUGAGGAGCUUUUUCCAUUUCAAGAUUGGUGGGUAGUUCCUGUCAAAGUGGCCUUCGACCAAACUUUAUGGGCAGCAGCUUGGAACAGCAUUUAUUUCACAGUACUGGGAUUCCUGCGACUGGAAUCCCCAGCUAGCAUUUUUGGUGAAUUGAGGGCUACAUUCUGGCCAAUGCUAACAGCAGGUUGGAAGCUUUGGCCAUUUGCUCAUCUUAUUACAUACGGCGUGGUACCAGUAGAACAAAGGCUUCUUUGGGUGGACUGUGUAGAACUGAUUUGGGUGACGAUACUCUCAACAUACUCGAAUGAGAAAUCAGAAGCAAGAAUAGCUGAGACACCAGCAGAAGCCACUUCCAGUUCUUUGUCGAAAAGUCCUGCUGAGCAGGAGUAGAUUAAGUGCAAUUAAUCAGAAUGAGAGAUUACACCAUCACAAGUCGCUGAAAUUGAGUUCGAAGUUGUAUAGCAAGGAUGCGAAGAUGCUUGGGGGAAUCGAUGUGGAACUGACAAUGCAGAAAUCUGGUACAGACCGGGUUAUCGUAUAUACCACACACAUCUUGCGUACUCUUUGUGUGCGUAUGUAUUUUGAUUUCUAUACUCAGUACAGUACCCGUCCCUUCAAUAGUUUACUUAGUUCCUUGCCAAAUUCCAAUAGCACCACACCGUACUUCUUCAUCACCCAUUAUAUGACUUUGAGAAGCACCAUCUGUAAAUUUAACAACAAUUGUCGACUCCUCAAAUGCCAUUAUAUACAAUGUAAAAUGUGCAUGUUCUUUAUCCAAA